GGCUCGGCGGGCUCGGGCUACGAGAGCGACGCUCGCAACUCCAACUCGGAGGGAAGUCUUGACGACAAGCCGCAGAAAUACGGCAUAUUCAUUAAAAAGGUGUCAGGUAGAAGUGUGCAGUUGUUGGUGUGUCCGACAUGCGGGCACGAGACACAGCUGCCUCCUGCCGGCGUGUCGGACCUGCCGCUCAACUACGUGCUACUGCGCAAGAUGAGUCUCGCCGACAGAGAGGAUGACGUCACGGUGCUGUGUGACAUGUGCGAUGCUGACAAUAAGGCAGAGAGUCGAUGCAGCCAGUGCCUGGUGAGCGUGUGCGCGGCGUGCGGCAAGGCACACGGCCGCACUAAGGCCACCUCCGGACAUUACCUCGAGCCUCUCGCCCCGCAGCCCACCUACUGCGCCCGUCACACAAACUCCGAGCUCACCAUUUACUGCGCCACCUGCCAGCAGUCGCACGCUGGUCAGUUCCACUGCUGCACCUUCUGCUCGAGCGGCGGGCGGCGCGACGUGCGCUGCGGCUGCGGCGCCACCAUGCCCGGCGGAUACAAAGGAUGCGGACACGGGCACGCGGGGUGGCCGGGCGCGCGGCACUGGUCGUGCUGCGGCAGCACGCUCGCGCACGGGCCCUGCGCCAAGCACCCGCACAAACAUCGUCUCUACCAGUUCUCUCUGUGAAGUUCUCCUCCUUCACAUGCAUACAUCUCUUCCUAGACUCGGUGUAAUAAUUAUAAAAUAGAGGAAGCAAUAUCAAAUAUUUUUGUAACAAAGGAGAUGGUAUUGGUUACUUCUAGAAUG